AGGCGGUUGCGUUCGGUCAUGAGGAAGAUUUUUCAGCAAGUAAAAAUAUCAGCCCUCAAAUAGAGUGAAGAGUGAGAAAAGUGUGGUGUGGAUAAGAUUAAGAAGAUGAUGAGAAGAUCAUUCAGUGGUGGCGGCGGUGGCGGAGGAGGAGGAGCUAAUGGCGGCGGCAUGUUAAGAGCCGUUCAAAGAGCAGUGAGGACAGGUGGUACUAUAAACGGUGCCGCCCAAGAGUCCUUCUCUCACUCAUCAACCACUAAAACAGCCAAAAGUAGUACUACUAGCGGCCACGCGUUUCAGAACAAAGCGAGUAAUAACGCCGUUUCUCUCUCCUCUUCAUCGCCUUUAUCUACUCUUCCGUUAUCUGCUGCUGCCCUUGCACCGGGCACCUGGGAUUCUUCUUCCGAAUCUGAAGAGUGGGAAUGUUUAGAGGAUAAUAAUAAUAAUAGUAGUAUUUUAUUUGAUGAUUAUAUUCUGGGUCCUGUUCCAUCAACCGACGAAGUUCAUCAUGCAGUUUCUGCACUUCACCAGGUCCUUGAACCAACCUAUUUUGCAUAUUCCACCAACGACGGUCUUGGUUACAAAUCAAAUGAGGAUACAACAGAUGAACUCACUAGUUCAAGUAACCUGACGCGUGAAGUACUCUCUUCCAGUGGAUCUGUGUCUGAUUGGAUUGAACCGUCUAUUCAUAUCUGUAAUUCGAAACUGUUGCAGUCAUAUGGAUCUAACCGAGUUUAUGAUGCUUUCCAUUUGCUGCAGACUGAACCUUCUAUUCAGAAAAUGGUCAUUUCACUGUCAUCUGACAAGGCUGUUUGGGAUGCUGUUCUGAACAAUGAGGCGGUUCGGGAAAUCAGAGACUCACUGAAACAAGUUGAUGCAGCUGAUAAUGGCUUACAAGCUGGAAAUUCUGAGGAGGGUCUUGAGAAGUCUGAUUCAGAUGAGACAGUCGACAUAAUCAGUUGGAUUGUUGUGAACACCAAGGAAAAAGUGUUGGAAAUAGUUGAGAAGAUCAUAGAGUUUGUGAAUGAGUGGUUUCAGCCUCCUGAGGAGGAGAAAACAUCAGAAGGGAAUACUGAUCCAUUUGAGGAAAAACUGAGAACUUCCUUCUUCCUUUCCAUCGUAGUUCUGCUGGUUGUUGUUGUUGCUCGAGCACAAUGUGCGUAGACAACAUAAUUCGACGACAUUACAGUUGGUAGUCCCCUUUCACUGUACUUUUGGAAGUGGGGAGUUGCAGUUUACUGUCUCACAGUAUAUGAAGCAAGAAACUAAUUCAGAAUUUUCUUGCGUACAGAAUAAAUGCUUUUGCCCAGAAUUUUCCUUUGCUUUUGUGGUUUUUAAUGAUUUCUUCAAUUUCACUGUUCUGAUGUAAUUAAUGAGUGGCAUGGCAACUCAAUUUAAUCCAAAUAUCCCCCCUUAUUAUGAACUGACAUCAAAUUAUAGUGUGUAGACUGUAGAGUAAAGAGUUUAUCUGAUGUGAUUAUUGUGUCU